GAGUGUUGUUUUGACUCUCCAACUGAAAACUCCAUCCACUGAUUGGUUGGUCACUUUGCGAUGGGCAAAAAGGUAAAAUGGAGCUGGAGCUCGGCGCUAAUCGGAGCAGCAACGGCGGUGGCAGCGACGGCGGCGAUAUCCGCAAAACCCAAGGACCCAACCUUCCACCUCAUAUCCAUCAAGUUCACCGCCCUUAAGCUCAACCUUCCACUCCUUGACGCCGAGCUACUCCUCACCGUCCACGUCACGAACCCUAACAUCGCCCCUAUCCACUACUCCUCCACCACCAUGUCCAUCUUCUACCAAGGCUCUCUCCUCGGCUCAGCUCAGGUCGAAGCCGGUUCUCAGCCACCACGCUCCUGCCAGCUUCUCCGCCUUCCCGCCCGCCUCCACGGCCUCGAGCUCGCUCACCACGCAACUAGCUUCGUCGCCGACUUCGCUAGGCGCGAGAUGGUGCUCGACGCCGCCGUCGACAUCGCUGGCACCGCCAGGGUUCUCUGGUGGGACCAUAAGUUUAAGGUCCACGUGGAUAGCCGCGUCACCGUUGAUCCUGUCUUUCUUGAUGUCAUUGAUCAGGAAAAUAACUCCGAACUUGAAGUCUUCACCGCGGCAUAGCCAAAGUAUGAGUAUUUGAGAUGUAAAAUUGUAAGCAUUGGAAUUAUUUAUUUCUU